AUGGCCACUAGCUCGGAGACUGACAGGCUUGCUUUGCUUUCUCUCAAGGAUAAGUUCACCAAUGGUGCUCCAAAAGCUCUACCUUCAUGGAAUGAUUCUAUCCAUUUCUGCAAAUGGCAAGGCGUUACAUGCAGUUAUCAUCACAUGAGAGUCUCAGCUUUGAACUUGACAAAUCAAAAUUUUAGAGGCAUUGUUGCACCAGUAUUAGGUAACCUAACAUUUCUUAAACUACUCAAUCUUUCGUAUAAUGAAUUGCAUGAUCAAGUUCCCAAACAAAUUGCCCAUCUAAGACGACUGCAGUUUCUUGAUUGGAGUAAAAAUCAUCUUGAGGAAGAAGUGCCUACAGAGUUGGCCAACUGUUCUAAACUCAUGCAGAUUUUCUUCUGUUACAAUAAUUUGAUCGGUGAAAUUCCCCCAUGGUUUGGAUCUAUGCGACAACUUAUAGAGUUGAGACUCAGUGAUAAUAAAUUUCAUGGGAAUAUUCCACCUUUCUUGGGAAAUCUUUCAUCCUUGGAGUGGUUGGCUCUUUCAUAUAAUAAUUUGGAAGGAAGUAUACCUCAAUCCCUAGGAGGGCUUUCAAAUUUGCGGUUGCUCUAUCUUGGUGCCAAUAAUCUUUCUGGUAUAAUCCCGUCUUCACUUUACAAUCUUUCUCGCAUGGAAUUUUUAGAUUUUCCUUUCAACUCCUUGUCUGGAACUAUUCAAUCAAAUAUUGGCCUUGCUUUCCCAAAUCUUCGAGGGUUUAAUGGAGGACACAACAUGUUGAUGGGAACUAUUCGAGCUUCAUUAUCCAACAUCUCUCAAUUGCAAUUAUUUGCAAUAUAUGAAAAUGCUUUCAGUGGCCUAGUCCCUACCUCUUUGGGAAGACUACAGAACCUUAAGGAUUUUGUGAUUUACACAAAUAAUUUUGGGAUUGAAAAAGGUCAUGACCUAGAUUUCCUCUCAUCCUUGACAAAUUGUAGUCAAUUGCAUUCAAUGGUGGUGUCAGAAAAUAAUUUUAGUGGUGUAUUGCCUAAUUCAAUUGGGAAUCUCUCUUCCCAGCUUGAAAUGCUUUAUUUGAAUUUCAAUCAUAUCUUUGGAAGCAUACCUAAUGAGAUUGGUCAAUUAGACGGAUUACUUACCCUUAGUUUCAAAGGUAACUCUCUUCAAGGAACAAUUCCACAUUCUAUUGGAAAGCUUGAAAAUCUUGGAAAGCUAUACCUACACCAAAAUCAAUUAGCUGGUAGAAUUCCUGAUAUCUUUGAAAAUCUUACUAAGUUGAUUGUCCUUUCAUUGUAUGACAAUAAUUUUGAGGGAACAAUUCCAGUAAGCCUGAAACAUUGUAAAGGUUUGCAAUUCUUGUACAUGGAUCAAAAUAACUUCAGCUGCACCAUACCAAAUCUGACUUUUGGUCAUCUAGAAAGCUUAAUAUAUCUUUACAUGUCUUCCAAUUCCUUGAUUGGUCCCAUUCCUUCUGUGAUUGGUAACAUGACGCAAUUAGUGAGAUUAUAUAUGAGUGAAAACAAUUUUUAUGGUGAUAUUCCGACCGAACUUGGGGAAUGCUUAGAAUUAACAGAUCUUGAUAUGAGCGGGAACUUCCUUCAAGGAAGUAUCCCCUCAUCCUUUAGUUCAUUAAAAUCCCUCAUCAGAUUAGACCUUUCCAAUAAUAACUUGUCAGGCACAAUCCCUCGACAACUAAAAGAUUUUCCAAUAUUGGAGACUUUGAACCUAUCCCACAACCAUUUUUAUGGUGAGGUUCCAAAAGGAGGAGUAUUCGAUAACAUCACAGCUAUUUUACUCGCGGGAAAUGAGAAGCUUUGUGGUGGAAUACCUCAAUUAAAGCUGCCUAAAUGCCCAAGUAAGUCUAAGAAGCAUUUCAAAGUUAUAAUCCUUAUCAUUGUGAUAAGCAGUGGUGCUCUUGCUUGUUUUGCAAUUUGCCUAAUCAUUUGCAUGAGAAGCAAACAUAAAAAGUUGUCUUCUUCCACAUCUUCCCCACCAAAUGCUCAGUUGAGGAUUUCUUAUAAAGAGUUGCAUGAUGCAACUAAUGGAUUUUCAUCAUCCAAUUUGGUUGGUGUAGGAAGCUUUGGUUCUAUAUAUAAAGGAACUCUUCAGCACUUUGAGAGUUUUAUUGCUGUAAAGGUGCUAAAUUUGCAAGCACAUGGGACAACAAAAAGUUUCAUGACAGAAUGCAAAACUAUUAGUAAAGUCCAUCAUAGGAAUCUUUUGAAGAUUCUAACUACAUGUUCAAGUGUUGAUUACAAAGGCAAUGAUUUUAAGGCCCUUGUAUUUGAGUUCAUCCCUAAUGGGAGCUUGGAGAAUUGGUUAUCAGUGAAUGAACUUGGUGAACGUAGAGAUUUAUAG